AUUUCUCGCUAUUUUGUUCCCGUGAAUUUUCUCACCGGAUUCUGGUAGAUCGUUCGGCGAUCUAUGUUUUGCCCAUGGCUUUGAGUAGUUUAGUUGAGCUAUUCGCCUCUGUCCUUUUCUCUCGUUGAUGUGGUGCUUUAUGGCUCGGUCAUCGUUCCUUUUUUGGGCGUUGCUUUAGAUCGAGGGAGUUCGGUUAGAGAUGACGAAUAGAUUGACGUAUCAACACAGGUUUGGUAUGGGUCUGUUUCUCUUGAUUAUUGAGUUUGUUGGAUUUAUUUAACUCCUGAAGGCCUCUAGAUAGAUGGAGUACGGUUAGAGAUGACGCAAGAUCGACGUAUCAGUACAGGUUUUGUACAGAUUUGUUUUGUUUGAUCAUGUUCUUGCAGUUUGACCGUUUCUAUUGAUUCUCGAGUAUGGUGGAUUUUAUUUUAUCUCUUGAAGGACUCCCCUGGGUCUGCUGUUCGAUCUUUUAUUUCUUGGAUGCUAGAUCAUGUCAUCUGUCAAGAUUUGUAGGGGUGUUUUAAAGCCGUAGAUAGGAGCCCUUUGACGCCCUGUGGCCAUUUACGGUAGAUUGUUCGUUCGAUUAGAGAUCUUGAUCAAGAUUUGAGCGGCUUUGUUUGGUGUGAAGGCGUUGAGGCUUGAACGAGAUCUUGAUCAAGGAUGUGCUUUGAGGCUAUAUGAAGGCGAUGCAAGGUUUUUGUGUGAUCAUACUAGUAAUUACGGCUGAAUUAGUUGGUCAGUGUUAUAUGCUUUAUCAUGUCUAGUGCGGACUAGAGGACUGAGAGCUUCGCGAGGUAUAUAUGUUGGAGGUAUAUGUUCCUUGUUCUUGUUAACCGGCCUUUGCCAUGUCAGGUGCGCUUGCAUGGCAGGUCAAAAAUACUCUAAUAAAAUUUUCUCUUUUGUGUUCUGAAGGGAGAUGGUACGGGGGUUUGCCCGGCUCUCCCUUCCUGUGUCUUUUUUUUUUCUCGGAUCUCCUUGUCCAACACGUUUCAACUUCAUCGGGCCUUUUAUCUGCCUCCCGAAUGGUUAUGGCCGGUGGUUAUUUGCAUGCCAUACGUAUUCAAGGCAAAUUAGACCUCCAGUUGCCUAUUCUUGAUGACGGUGAUUCGCCAGCAAACACAAGUUUCGGACUCACUGUAUCACUUGGUGUAAAAAGUGUACCGGCGAUGCGAUGUUUGUGGAUGUUCGUUGGAUCAUGUAAACAGAGACCAACAACUGCGGUGCCUAUGUUCGUUGGAUCUAUAAAAUUUGCAACGGACUGAUGAAUUUGCGGCUUUUGGCGGAGCUGUUCGUGGGCUGCACAAGAUGAAUGUUCGGACACUUAAUUCUGUUAUUUGGCUGAGAUGAAAUCAGUUCUAUUAUUUGUCCUACUUUUUUCUUCUUGAAAGAAUCGUUUCAGUGCCGAGGUUUUUUUAUGGAAGCACUUCAAGUUGAAAUGUGUUAGUGGCGUUGGCGUACCCGAUAUUGGAAGCACUUUAUUUCUGGUUCUUGGUGUUGUCACCAUUCUGUCCAGCAGUGGGACUGAAAAAGGGAGCAAAUUGUUGUCGUUAAUGUUUUUAUUGGGAAUUAUGUAAUAUUUUUUGUGAAGUAGACUGGCUGGUAUAUUGGUAUUCUCUGUUUUCUCUGUAGUUCAGGUGUAAAAAGUAUUUAUCAUUAGCUGCUGUUCCUGGGAAUUGUGUAAAUUUAUAUUAUAUUUCAGGUGUUAUAUGUUAUUUCAG